CGCUGGGGGCAGCGUGGAGGCAGCAGCGAGGCCGGGCCGCAGCCCUGCGCUCUGCCCGCCCCUCUCUCGGCCGGAACGCACGCCGGCAACCAGGAAGCGCCUGGACGGGCGCGGGGCGGCCGGGAUGGCGGGGCUGGGCUGGGGGCCCCCGCGCCUGGACGGCUUCAUCCUCACCGAGCGCCUGGGCAGCGGCACAUACGCCACGGUGUACAAGGCCUACGCCAAGAAGGACACUCGUGAGGUGGUAGCCAUAAAGUGUGUGGCCAAGAAAAGUCUGAACAAGGCAUCAGUGGAAAACCUCCUGACAGAGAUUGAGAUCCUGAAGGGCAUUCAACACCCCCACAUCGUGCAGCUGAAAGACUUCCAGUGGGACAGUGACAACAUCUACCUCAUCAUGGAGUUCUGUGCAGGGGGUGACUUGUCACGCUUCAUCCACACCCGCAGGAUUCUGCCUGAGAAGGUGGCUCGUGUCUUCAUGCAACAAUUGGCUAGUGCCCUGAAGUUUCUGCAUGAACGGAAUAUCUCUCACCUGGAUCUAAAGCCACAGAACAUUCUGCUGAGCUCCUUGGAGAAGCCCCACCUGAAACUGGCAGAUUUUGGCUUUGCACAGCACAUGUCCCCCUGGGAUGAGAAGCAUGUGCUCCGUGGCUCCCCCCUCUACAUGGCCCCAGAGAUGGUUUGUCAGGGACAGUACGACGCCCGUGUGGACCUCUGGUCUGUGGGGGUCAUCCUGUAUGAGGCCCUCUUCGGGCAGCCCCCCUUUGCCUCCAGGUCAUUCUCAGAGCUAGAAGAGAAGAUUCGCAGCAACCGGGUUAUCGAGCUCCCCCUGCGGCCCUUGCUCUCCCGAGACUGCCGAGAUCUGCUACAGCGGCUCCUGGAACGGGACCCCAGCCAUCGCAUCUCCUUCCAAGACUUCUUUGCCCACCCCUGGGUGGACCUAGAACACAUGCCCAGUGGAGAGAGCCUGGCAAAAGCAACUGCCCUGGUGGUGCAGGCUGUGAAGAAGGACCAAGAAGGGGACGCAGCGACCGCCUUAUCUCUCUACUGCAAGGCCCUGGACUUCUUCGUGCCUGCCCUGCACUAUGAAGUGGAUGCCCAGCGGAAGGAGGCGAUUAAAGCAAAGGUGGGGCAGUACGUGUCCCGGGCUGAGGAGCUCAAGACCAUUGUUUCCUCCUCUAAUCAGGCCCUGCUUAGGCAGGGGACCUCUGCCCGAGACCUGCUUAGAGAGAUGGCCCAGGAUAAGCCACGCCUCCUAGCUGCCCUGGAAGUGGCUUCAGCUGCCAUGGCCAAGGAGGAGGAAACUGGUCGGGAGCAGGACGCCCUGGACCUGUACCAGCACAGCCUAGGGGAGCUGCUGCUGCUGCUGGCAGCGGAGCCCUCAGGCCGGAGGCGGGAGCUGCUUCAUACUGAGCAGGUUCAGAACCUCAUGGCUCGAGCUGAAUACCUGAAGGAGCAGGUCAAGAUGAGGGAGUCUCGCUGGGAAGCAGAGACCCUGGAUAAAGAGGGGCUGUUGGAAUCUGUUCGUAGCUCAUGUACCCUGCAGUGACUGCAGAGGAUGACUGGACAGACACAAGCUGCCUGGAGUGGAGGGGUGCACUAACUCAGGCUAAUGUCCCAAAUUAAGUGGCCCUCUGCAACCCUGGGGAACAGGCUUCUUUAAUGGGCAGCUGUGAGACUCUAACAUCCCAGGUCCCCAGAGGGUCUGGUGGCCCAGUUGUCUGCUGGGAGCUCUGGGCCCUGGCCCCAGGGGGAGGGGCAAGAUUCAGGAAGAACAGUAUUUCCUUCAUGAGACCUUUGUCAUUUGAGGGUUGCAGAGCAUGGAGUCGUCUAUCGUUUUUUUGCUCAAGAAGAAGAUAAGCGGCACCCUGCAGGGUACACUUCUGCUCCUGCAUUUUUCUCUGCUGCCCAGCAACCAUGCCCUGGGCCCACUGUUCCUGGGAUCCCUUAUUCCAACUCACCUCCGUCCUUGCACUGAAGUGGGCACUCUAAAACCCCCCACCGGCCACCCAGCCCACAGUAUGCACUCAGCCCAUAGAACUCACCACCCUUCCUGGGAGCUCACGAUCUCAGAACUUUAAAUUAAUCCUUCAAGCAUGACAUAAUAUCCUUUAUAGGGGUGGGGCAAAUUUGAGAAGCCCGUGCCUUGCUCCUGCUAUGGUCUGGGGAGUGUAGGGGAGGAGUCCUCAAUCCUCUCCCCUCCCACCUCCAUUCCUCUUUGGGAACACACCACACUAAUGCAGAGUGGGCUUUGCACUGGAGUUUGGGCUUGGAUGGGAGAGGCUUGGGGACUGCCUGACUCAUCAGGCUGCAGAGGAUGGGCUCCAUGAUGCCCAGUUCUGGGCCUGGAUCUCCCACUUCUCCAGUGGGGCUGCUGUACCUCAGCAACAUGGGUGCUUCUGAGGACAAAGUGAAUUGAACCUGGAGAAUGUACAUACCUAGAGUUACUUAGGGGUGUCUUUUAAAUGGUCAGAGAGGUGUUGAUAACUUCCAACCCUUCUAUCCUUAAAUGCCUCCUUGGGGCAAGAGUUUGUCCUCCCUAUAGGAGGCUGGGUAUAAAAACUGUAAUUCAUUGUUUCUAUAUUAAAUUAUUU